GGUAUCUUUGUGAACGCCAGUCGACGCCGAGCGUCCCAAGCGUGUAGUUGUCGGGAGCCGUUCUCGUUUCGCCGUUCCAGAUCGAACAUUCUCCUUGCGGGAACACUCGGGACUCGGCUCGACGGGACGGCUCUGACAGCCGUCUGACGACACAACUGAGUUGCGCCGAGUACGACAGCGCGCGUGAAACGAGAAGGGGGGGAAUCCGAGGCAAGAGACGAAAAAUAUCGGUGUCCUCUCUUAUCCCGAUACUUUUCCCGGAAUAUUCGGAGACGCGUUUGUCCGACGUCGAAAAGUCGUGUGACGUUACGCGUCUCUCCGCGUCUCGGCGAUACGCGCCGAAUCCAGAAUGCAUCGCGAGGACAUCAUCUUUUACAAAAUUCUGACAUAGUAUCAGCCCUCUUGAUGAAAGAUCACACAUCGGGGGAUCCUCUUGGGUCAACGCGAAAAGUGCUUUAACACUUGUCCCUGCCGGAGUCCCGAGGGACGGAGCGAGUGUCGUCUCUCCCGGAGUAAUUCGCAGUGACUGGAGAGAUUCGAUUGGUGAACCGAUAGAAUGCGAAUGCGGAUCUUAUACUCGUGACAUCGGAUUUGUUAAUCGGAUAUCGGUGAUGCAGCUACAUGCUGGAAGGAGGGAGGGGAUGACUGUUAAUUUCUUACCGAGGAUGAUGGCGGUCUUUGUUUUCGUUUGCCUUCUACUGCAGAAUGGUCGGUCGACGUUCGCAGCGUAUACCACCGCCACCACCAUUCCUGAUCCUGAAUUUGUCGACGAAAUAGGAAACAUUACAGUACCAGCAGGACGAAAUGUCAAACUGGCAUGCAGUGUGAAAGAUCUCGGAUCGUUUAAGGUGGCCUGGAUGCUUUUCGACAAGAGCGCUAUCCUGACGGUACAGAAUCACGUUAUUACCAGGAACCCCAGAAUAUCCGUGUCGCACGAUAAGCACAGGACCUGGUUCCUACAUAUCAACGACGUACACGAGGAGGACAAGGGAAAGUACAUGUGCCAGAUUAACACUGCUGCCGCCAAAACGCAAUAUGGCUACCUACACGUUGUAGUGCCACCGAAUAUCGACGAUUCUCAGAGUUCGUCAGAUGCGAUUGUUCGCGAGGGCGCCAAUGUGAGUCUCAUUUGCAAAGCAACCGGAAGUCCAACGCCCAGCAUUCGUUGGAAACGAGACGACGGUUCCAAGAUCUCGAUCAAUAAAACUUUAUCUGUGACAGAAUGGGAGGGUGAAACCCUGGAAAUGGCGCGGAUUUCGAGAUUGGACAUGGGCGCGUAUUUAUGCAUCGCCAGCAAUGGCAUACCACCGACGGUUAGCAAGCAGAUCAAAGUGUCGGUCGACUUUCCCCCUAUGCUCUGGAUACCGCACCAAUUGGUCGGCGCGCCCUUGGGUUACUCCGUUUCGCUGGAAUGUUAUACCGAGGCUCAUCCGACUUCUUUGAAUUACUGGGCGAGGGAGGACGGCCUAAUGAUUCACGAGAGCAGUAAAUACAAGACUACGUCGUUACCCGACAGACCAUCCUACAAAACUCACAUGACGCUCACGAUAUUCGAUAUACAGAAAGAAGACUACGGUAGCUACAAGUGCAUCGCCAAGAACCCACGCGGGGAAACCGACGGGACGAUUCGUCUGUACAUGUCCGCACCACCAAGCACCAGUCCUAGCCCAUCUACCACGGAGGUUCCCAAGAAAGAUUGGGAUAUCAUGGCGGAAAUGAAUAACUCUGUUUACGGAAAUCCAAGCUCGCUGACGAUUCAAAAUGAGAAGAGUAUCAAGACAGGUACCAAGUUCCAGUCGAACCUGAACGAAAUCGGAAAAUCGGAGCAAAAGUCAUCCGAAUUGGACAGAAAGAGAAAUUUCAACUGGCCUCCCGACAAGGAUUCAGCAACAGGCGUGAUGACGACCGUGACGUUAUUAUUAAUUGCUCUGGCCGUAACGAUAAUUCGAUAAGCAAGAGAAAUGAAAAGAGAUGAAAAUCGAACGACGCUACCUCGUCGUUGAUACGCCAACGGUGUUGGUCUGCCUAAUUAACGGACUCAAUUAAAAGGAAAGCAGAAAAGAAAAAAGAAUUAGAAGUAUCAAACGAUAUAAAAAGAUAACAGUCGUACAUACAACACACGUACACGUACACGCGCAUAUAUACAGAAAUGACACAAAGACUGACUGGAGUAAUUAGCAUCCGUAUUAAAUGACGGAGUAAUUUACGCGUGCCAAGUUAGUGUAGCGACGACAGUCCAGUGGCCAAGAAUUAAAACAAGCAGCGAAUCUUCGCCGGUUAUCCAUCGUGCGGUGGAACAAUGAGGGAAGAAAAGGGUAUUAAACAAAGUGCAACGACUAUCGCUUUCUGUGUAAUAUAUUGUAUAACGCUGUAACAAUGACGUCACAACCAAAAUACAACCAAGUGAUCUCGA